AGAGAUUGAUGAGUAAUAUUUUUAUCGAUGAAUACAAAAUCGUCGAGGGACAAUGAAUUCAGAAAUUACUAUUUCAUCGAGGAAAUUCAUGAAAUCGGUGGAUAAUUUUGAUACUAAAUCUACACGAAGAAGUUCAAUUAAAAGUGAAAAUGAAAAGGCAAUAAUUUUUGCCACGCCGGAUAUUUUAGAAUUUCGUAAUUUUCAAUUGAAGAAAACUUAUAAGAAAAUUGUAUCAUUGAAAAAUGUCAGUUCAAAUUUGGCGAGAUUUCAAUUGGAGAGGCCAAAAAAGUCGAGAUUUAAUAUUUUUCUUGAAUUUGGAAAUAAUAAAAAAGGAUCAAUUGCACCGGGAAUGUCGGCCAAAUUAAUAGUGUCAUUUUAUUCUGAUUUUUAUCAAGAACCUGAAGAGAAUAUUGUUAUUCGAAUUCAAGGAGGAAAAACAAUUGUAUUAUUUGUUCAUGCUUUCAGAGAUCCUCCAGUUUUACAAGGUGUUAAUACACUUUAUCACUCAUGUUUUCAAUCCGAAUCAACGAGCACGACAGUUUCAUUAAACACUACAAUGACAAUUGAUCAAGAAUUAUUUAAUCGCAAAGAGUUAUUAGCAGCAAAAAUGAAAUCACAAUUAAAUUCUUCAAAGGAGAUAUUAAAAUUCAAUGUGACAGCAAAUGAAAUAAUUUUCACCGCUUAUUUUGAAUGUGGAAAAUGUUUCAUUGGUGAGAUGGUGAAUAUUCCAACAACAAUGAAAAAUACUGGUGAAAGUGGAAAAUUUUUUAUCAUCAGUGAAGUUGAUUGGUCAUCAAUGAAAAUUGAGGAUGUAACAAGCGACAAUAUAGUUUUAACACCACCAUUCGCUGUUUUUCCAGCUUAUUUUAUUCUACAAAACAAUGAAGAAAUAACAUUUCAAUCUUUAUUUUUUCCAUUCACUUAUGGAAUGCAGGUGGACAAAUAUUUUAUUAUUGGAGACAAUUGUUCUGUUCAAUCAAUCGAAAUAAUAGGAGAUGGAAUUAUGUUUGAAGAAAAAUUUAUUCUUUUUGAGCAAAAUCUCGUGCCUGAAGUAAGUGAAGAUAUUAUCACAAAAUAUUGUGUCGAAUUAAAUUAUGAAAAGUCGAAAAGAAGAUUUGAAACUGUAAUUGAAAUAUCUAAUACAAGUGAUAUAAUUAUGCAUUAUCGUUGGGAGAAUCGUGAAGUAAAUGAAAAAAAUGAUAAUGAAGAAAAAAAUUGGGAAAAUUUAGAAUUAAAUGAAAUUUUCAUUGAUCCAAAAGUGGGAAUUUUUCAACCUCAUUCGUUAACUUCAUUUUUGAUUUUUGUUGAAACUGAUAAUUUAGUCGCUGAUGAAUAUCGUACAGUAUUGCAGUGAGAUUUAUUUUAUUUUUCCUUAUUUAAU